UACACCUGUGUAAGACUGAAGGGGAGGAGCCGUUACACCUGCGCAAGACUGAAGGGGAGGAGCCGGUACACCUGCGCAAGACUGAAGGGGAGGAGCCGCUACACCUGCGCAAGACUGAAGGGGAGGAGCCGGUACACCUGUGCAAGACUGGAGGGGAGGAGCCGGUACACCUGUGCAAGACUGAAGGGGAGGAGCCGGUACACCUGUGCAAGACUGAAGGGGAGGAGCCGGUACACCUGUGCAAGACUGAAGGGGAGGAGACGGUACACCUGUGCAAGACUGAAGGGGAGGAGCCGGUACACCUGUGCAAGACUGAAGGGGAGGAGCCGGUACACCUGUGCAAGACUGAAGGGGAGGAGACGGUACACCUGUGCAAGACUGAAGGGGAGGAGCCGGUACACCUGUGCAAGACUGAAGGGGAGGAGCCGGUACACCUGUGCAAGACUGAAGGGGAGGAGCCGGUACACCUGUGCAAGACUGAAGGAGAGG